ACUACAGGGCAGUGUGGCAGUGGCCUCCACCACACGCCGCUCCACCACAGCUAUGGCCGGCACCACCUGCUUUCUGCUCUGCCUGUCUGCCACCCAGCUCUUUGCCCAUGGGACGCCUUCCAGUAAGGGGACGCCCAAGAUACCUCAGAAGCUGGGGCUGUUGCUGGAAAGUCUGCACGCCAACAAGACCCUCCAGCAGGGUAACCCCUCUGGACACCACACGAAGGUGCUGACGUUCCCUCAUGCCCACUUUGGUCCCAGGAGGCAAAAGAGAGACUGGGUUGUCCCUCCCAUCUCCAUCCCAGAGAAUGAUAGAGGCCCGUACCCCAAAACGGUGGCUCAGGUCAAAUCGAACAAGAACAAGGAAAUCCAGGUUUUCUAUAGCAUCACGGGCAGGGGCGCUGACAAGCCUCCGUGUGGCGUGUUCAUCAUGGACAGAGAAACAGGGUGGCUCAAGGUCACGGGGCCCCUGGACAGAGAGCAGGAAUCCCACUAUGUUCUGUUCCUUCAUGCUGUGUCUUCGACUGGGAAUGCUGUGGAGGACCCAAUGGAAACUGUGAUCACAGUGAGAGACCAGAACGACAACAGGCCGGAAUUCACCCAGGCGGUCUUUGAGGGGUCUGUGAUGGAAGGAGCCUACCCAGGAACAUCCGUGAUGCAAAUCACAGCAACGGACGCGGACGACCACGAGAACACAUACAACGCAGACAUUGCCUACGCCAUCCUCAGCCAGGACCCCUCGCUGCCUCACUCCAACAUGUUCUCCAUCAACCGGGACACGGGAGUCAUCUCUGUGCUCACUACUGGGCUGGACCAACAGAGCGUGCCUGCCUACACCCUGACGGUCCAGGCUGCCGACCUCCAAGGGGAGGGCCUACGCUCCACAACAACAGCCGUGAUCACAGUCACCCAGAGCAACCGCAGCCCUCCCAUCUUCAGCCCCACUCAGUACGCGGGCCAGGUGUUUGAGAACAAGGUGGGCGCCGGGAUAGUGAGGCUAAAAGUGAAGGACGCAGACACCCCGGGCACCCCCGCAUGGAAGGCUGUGUUCUCCAUCCUGAAUGACAGAGCCCGCCUCUUCACUGUCACCACAGACCCCAAGACCAAUGACGGCCUUUUGAAAACAGCCAAGGGCUUGGAUUUUGAGGCCACACAGCGAUACAUCCUCUACGUGACAGUGGCGAACACCGUGCCCUUGGCACCAUCUCUCCCCACAGCCACUGCGACCGUCACUGUGGACGUGCUGGACACGAAUGAGGCCCCUGUCUUUGUGCCCCCAAUAAAGACGGUGGAAGUGCCCAAGGAUGUGGUUGUGGGCCAGGAAAUCACAUCAUACAGGGCCCAGGACCCAGACAGCCUCCAGGGUCAGAGAAUCAGGUACCAGAUGUGGGACAGCCCAAGCCGUUGGCUGGACAUCAACUCAGAAACAGGCGUCAUUUCCACUCGAGCCAGUCUGCACAACGAUGACAUGGAGAACCACACAUUUUCGGCCAUUGUCAUAGCUGUGGACGAUGGGCAACCUCCUGCCACGGGCACCGGGACGCUUCUCCUCACUUUCUCGGACCCAGAUGGCCCAACAGCAGACUCGCACUGCCUUUCCACCUGCCAGAGGGGACCAGAGCUCCCAGCUGGCAGAGGUAUGGAGCCGAGCAGCAGCCCACUGACCACACACGUACUGGACACCACCUCAGGGCUUCCGGCCCAGGGCCUCUGCCUCUGUCUGUCCAGGCUUGAGGACCAGGGCCAGCACUGGACCGACCUGAGGAAAAGCUCCACCAACUCGGAUGGCCGCUGCCCGGGGCUCCUGCCACCAGGCCCGAUGAAAGCGGGCACCUACAAGCUGUCCUUUGACACCGAGGGCUAUUGGAAGGAGAGGGGCCAGGAGAGCUUCUACCCAUACGUGGAGGUGGUUUUCAGCAUCACCAAUGAGACCCACAGAUUCCACGUGCCCCUGCUGCUGAGUCCAUGGUCCUACACCACGUAUCGGGGGAGCUAGCAGCCGAGCCAUCGCCUCUGGCCAGCUGCUGGCCUGUGAGCAUCGAUGCCAUCCCAACAGCUCCCUGAGGCACCCCAAGAGAGGGCAGCAGUUAUGCUCCCUGAGGGGAGUCUGACCCGCCCUCUCCAGUAGCAGCUGAAUCUCAGGCUCAAUAAAGUCAGCACCAGCAUGGCUAAGGCCACGGCA